UUGACUGUACAUUCGCAGGUUCGACUCCUUGGAUACCACACGUACUCGCAAAAAUGAAACUGCUCCUGAUCUCCGCUCUCCUCGGCGUGGCCGCCGCCGGCCUUGCCCCAGCCUACCCCGAGCAGUCCAACCGGCCCCAGGCCUCGUUCGAGAGGAACGCCAGGAUCCUGGCCCUGGACUCCGAUGUGAAGGAGGGCAACUUCAGAUACAACUACGAGACCGAGAAUGGAAUUAAGGCUGAGGAACAGGGGCAUGAGGCCGACGGUAUCGAGUCCCAAGGUGGUUUCCAGUACACCGGCGACGACGGCCAGGUCUACUCCAUCUCCUUCGCCGCCGGCCAGGGGGGCUUCCAGCCCCAGGGGGCCCACAUCCCCACCGCUCCCCCCGUCCCUGAGGAGAUCCUGAAGGCUCUGGAACAGAACGCUGCUGAUGAAGCCGCCGGGAUCAUCGAUGAUGGUCAGUACAAGCCCGAGCAACACGGCGCUGGCGCCGCUUUCGGUCACCAGCAGCAGGGCUUCGCGCAUGCGCAAGCCAGCGCCGGCUACAGAGGCUAAAUAACACCGUCUCACUCUAACUGUAAGGUUUCAACUACCAACCAAAACGCUGUCUCACUCUAAGUACAACAAAAUAGCGACAUACGUAGACAAAACAAAGAUGGUGAUAAUAAAUAUACUGACGUAGAAACAAUUGAAGUUAAUAAAGAAGCAAAAGAAAUUAAACACAAAGAAAUAGUAACACACGAAGAAACAAUUGAACUCAAAUAUAAAAAUGAAAGUGAUUGUGAAAUAUAUGAAGUAAUAUGUUUCACAAUUUCUUACACUCAUACUAAAAUACAUAUUGAUAAUAACGUUGAAAUCGAUGAAGACAAAAGUGGAAUAGAGGCUGUUGAAGUGACGUCAAAAAGAACUAAACCAAACGAAAUAAUAAAAAUCCUAAAAGACCUUUAUUUAUAGUUGGAAAUUGAAGAUUUCAAAAUGGUGUUAUGUAAAAUCAAGCAUAAUGUUUUAAAUUGGACGUCAUUUCUAUAGAUUCUGUUUAUAAUUUUGUUACAAUGGUUAAUACUCUGAUCUUAGCAAUAAUGACCAUGAUGAUGUGGGUGAAAUUAUUUAUUCUGUGAAUAAAACGACAUUUUUUAUAUAA